AUGGAAAAAUACUCACAGUUUCGGGAUAAGGGUAGGCACCGCAAUCGCACCCUUCCUCCCCGUCCCUUCGCCCCCGCCAACGUCCUCUGGACCCCCAUACACGCCCUCCUCUUCGCCCUCCGCCUCUUGCCCGUCCUCUCCCUCUCCCUCUCCUACUUCCUGCUCCUCGAGAUCCUCCCCAUCCCGACCAUAAUCAAGAAAUGCGUCCUCUGGCUACUCCUCGCGGUGCCAGGCGUGUGGUGGGUUGACCUGCAAGUCGACGGCGUGAAGCGCGGUCGCCUGUCCGAUAAACAAGCUGCCGGGAGUCUGCCGAAGGAGGGCGACAUUGUAGCGAGCAGCUUCACGAGCCCGUUGGACCCGCUGUACCUCGCUGGUAUAUUCUGCCCGGUAUUUGUAAGGACGUGGCCUGGGGAGAAGGGCGUGCAGGUUAUUACGCUUUGGGGUGCGAUAUGCAUGGCGUUUUCGCAGCCGCAGCUUGAAUCUCCCAAAGGCGUGGAGCUUGUGCAGUUGAAGGAGCUGAGUAAAAAGUACCCCGACAGCAUCAUCUGCGUGUUCCCAGAGAGCACUACUACGAACGGCCGGGGUAUACUCCCGCUAAGUCCGGCGCUCUUGACCGCAGGAUCCAAGACGAAGAUUUACCCUGUCAAUCUGCGCUACACGCCUGGCGAUAUCACCACACCCGUGCCUGGCGGCGCUUUCAACUGGGUCUGGAAACUCCUGUCCAAGCCUACACACCAGAUGCGUGUGCGCAUAGCACGACCGAUUUACAAUUCCCCCUCUAUCGACACACCGAGUACUACGAAGAGCGAGAAGGCGAGCGGCGUGGAUAUGGGGUACGAGACAAACAUCUGGGAUAGUCCGCAUUUGCGGAAUGGGGUGCAUGUUGGAGAGGAGAAGGGAGAUAUGGGGCAGCAGGUGUUGGACAGGGUGGGAGAGGAUCUAGCACGACUGGGCAGAGUCAAGCGUGUGGGUCUAGGUGUUAGGGAAAAGACGGAGUUCGUUAAGAUUUGGAAGAGUCGGAGGAGGUGA